AAGUGGGAACAUCGGAGGCCUCUCAGAGGAGGCUGGCGGGGAAGAUGCUGCCUUCCCAGCCCUUCGGGAGGCCGCUGAGGAGGGCUCUGAGUCACUACAAAGACGAGCUGCGAGCCGUUGGGAAGCGCGUGCUGGUGGCCGGACUGGGAAAUUACGGUCUGCGUGGCACCCGCCACAGCGUGGGCAUGGCUGUCCUUAAUCACCUGGCCAGCAAGCUGAGCGUGGCCGACAAGUGGAAAAUGGACCGGCGGUGCUGCGCGGACGUGGCCAUCGCCGGCCUGGGAGACGUGGAGCUGGUGCUGAUGAAGCCUCGCCGGUUCAUGAACGCCAACGGCCUCUCCGUGCUUGGCGCUGUGGAAACGUACAGCCUGGACGUUGACAACAUCUACCUGGUUCACGACGACCUGGACAAGCCCCUGGGGAAAGUCGCCCUGAAGCUGGGAGGCAGCGCACGAGGCCACAACGGUGUCCGUUCCUGCAUCAACUCCCUACACUCCGAUAGCAUGAUCCGACUCAGGGUUGGCAUCGGGCGUCCAGCGGGAGAAGCCGCCGUGGACCGCUACGUCCUGGGCCGGUUCACCAGUGCUGAGCAAGAGGCCUUACCGCAAGUCUUUGACCAGGCUGUCGGAAUGCUGCUAGAACACAUCCAGCAAAAGAACGACGGCCCAGAGGGCUCGGCUGCCUGUAAGGAACCGCCCAAAGCCCCCCUGAAGAGGGAGGGCGCGUAAUAAUCUUUUAACUCUUUGAGCUUUUACGAGCCUGGUGUCCCCGGAA